AUGCGAUGUUAUGCUGUAAUUUUCAACGGUCCCACUAAACAUAUUAUGCGAAAAAAGCGGUUUGUCAUUGGUCGGCGUGAAAAGGACUUCGAAAAGGAUCUGAUACUUGAAUCUUCCUUGAUAUCCCGGCGGCAUUGCGAGUUAACAUGGUUUGCUGGUCGGAUUUUCCUUAAAUGUCUGGGGAAAAAUGGGAUAUUUAUCAAUGAAAAUCAUAGGCAACCAGGGAGUAUUCUCUAUCGGCUUCCCAAAAGAUGCCAUAUUCGUUUCCCCAAUACUUCAUUAAAACUUCUGGUGCAGUGUCAGUCCAAACGUUUAACUGAUUCCGUCAAAAGGCCCAAACGCCUUAAUGUGAUCCAUGAAAAUACAAUUGACAGUCCACAGCAUCUUUCCGAUGUCGAGGACAAGGAACUUAAAAUAUGUAAAAGUGCAAGUUUAACCGUCUCCUAUGCUUCAACAAAUCGACGUAAGCAGUUAUUAACCACUAUUUCACCCAGCAAGUCUCUCAUAGUGGACAACGUACUGAACGGUAAACAGACUGAUUCCACACAAAUCUCUGAAACAUUUAACCAUCAACAAAGCCAGAAGCCCCAAAUCUUAAACACAACUGUCGUGUCUCUUGAUCAACCGACUAGUACACCGCUGCUCUGGGACAUCAACUCGGAAUCAACUGGCCCGUUCAUCAGCACAGUUAAACCACCUUAUUCUUUUGCCCAACUCAUUGUUCAGGCAUUGGCAAGUCAGCCUACGCGUCGCCUAACGCUAUCAGGUAUUUAUCACUUCAUCAGCCAAAAUUAUCCCUACUACCGCUUGGAAGACAAGGGCUGGCAAAAUUCAGUUAGACACAAUCUUUCAUUGAACAAACACUUCUGCAAGGCACCGCGAACACCAGACGAGCCAGGGAAGGGUUGCUACUGGUUGAUUGAUCCACAAUUUGAGGAGCGUUUUAUUAGUCAAGCAUUCCGCCGUCGCCGAUACCAAGACGACCAGCGGGCCACAGUCAGGCAGCAUCAACAGUCCACCACUAUCACCACCUAUCAAACCCUCCAUCCAGUUACCCAGCAGUACGCCUUCAUCCCUUCAUCGUGGGGCGCCAGUAAGUCAAGCGUAGCCUUUGGCCUUAUCAAUGCUGGUUCGUUGAGCUCAUAG